AUGGCGACCACAAACAACGACGGUGGCACACAGCAUGCGGUGGCGGCAUGGGGAGCUCCGGCCAAUGGACCCCGGAACACACAGGCAGCCGUAUCCGUGCGGCAUGCCUUCAAGGCCUACGGCAAGAAGAAGAACGCCAACCAGGUGCUGAACAACCUGAACAUGACUGUGCCCAAGGGAACUAUUUAUGGCCUUCUGGGAGCCUCUGGUUGUGGCAAGACCACUUUGCUGUCUUGCAUUGUGGGUCGUCGUUAUAUGGACGCCGGUGAGAUCUUCGUUCUGGGUGGCAAACCCGGCACCCGAGGAUCAGGUGUGCCCGGAAAGCGUGUGGGCUACAUGCCCCAGGAGAUCGCUCUGUAUGGGGAAUUCUCCAUCCAGGAGACCAUGAUGUAUUUCGGCUGGAUCUUUGGCAUGGAGACCAAGGAGAUCUUGGAGCGUCUACAGUUCCUGCUCAACUUCCUCGAUCUGCCGUCGGAGAAGCGUCUGGUUAAGAAUCUCAGUGGUGGUCAGCAGCGUCGUGUGAGCUUUGCUGUGGCUCUGAUGCACGAUCCUGAAUUGCUGAUCCUGGAUGAGCCCACUGUGGGCGUGGAUCCAUUGCUGCGUCAGAGCAUCUGGAACCAUCUGGUGCAUAUCACAAAGGCGGGCCAAAAGACGGUCAUCAUCACGACACAUUAUAUUGAAGAGGCGCGACAGGCGCAUACGAUUGGCCUAAUGCGAUCGGGUCACCUGCUGGCCGAGGAGUCACCCAGCGUCCUGCUCUCCAUUUACAAGUGCAUCAGCCUGGAGGAGGUGUUCCUCAAGCUGUCCCGCAUCCAGAGCCAAAAGGGCGAUGUGACCCAUGUGAACUUCAGUAACAACAUCUCGUUGCACGCCAUGGCCUUCGGCAGCAAGAUGGACAAGCCGAGUUCCAGUCAGGAGGGCGGUGUGGUGGGCCUCAACUUCCACCAGAGCAAGGAGGUGCUGAUCAACGACAGCAAUGGCUCUAUAUACACGCUCAACCAGGAACCGUACAGUCCCCCACCUUCAAGGCGAAACAAUAACCCCAAUGAUGAGGAGAGCUGCCAGGACUGCUAUGCCAACCUGUGCAAGAUCACCUCCAAGGGCAAGAUCCGCGCCCUGCUCACCAAGAACAUGCUUCGCAUGUGGCGCAACGUGGGCGUGAUGCUGUUCAUCUUUGCCCUGCCCGUCAUGCAGGUGAUCCUCUUCUGCCUGGCCAUCGGACGCGAUCCUCAGGGCCUUAACCUGGCCAUAGUCAACGGGGAGAUGAACGACACGGAGAAUUGUUACUGGGAGGAUGGCUGCCACUUUAAGAACCUGGGAUGUCGCUAUCUGAGUCAUCUAAACACGAGCGUGGUUAAAACAUAUUAUGAGGACCUGGAUGAUGCCAAAGAAGCCGUGAGAAAGGGCACAGCUUGGGGAGCGGUCUACAUCAGCGAGAACUUCACGGACGCCUUCAUUGCCCGAGCAAAUCUGGGACGUGACUCCGAUGACGAAACGAUCGACUCCUCCGAGGUCAAGGUUUGGCUGGACAUGUCCAAUCAGCAGAUCGGCGUCAUGCUCAAUCGGGACAUCCAGCUGGCCUUCAGGGACUUUGCCAUGGGUCUUCUAGGCCAGUGCGGCAGCAAUCCCAAAUUGGGCGACGUACCCAUUCAGUUCAGGGACCCCAUCUAUGGAACCAUGAAUCCAUCGUUCACCGAUUUCGUGGCACCUGGCGUGAUCUUGACCAUUGUUUUCUUCUUGGCUGUUGCUUUGACGUCAUCGGCUCUGAUCAUUGAGCGCACUGAGGGAUUGUUGGAUCGCUCCUGGGUUGCUGGAGUCUCUCCCUUCGAAAUCCUUUUCUCCCACGUGAUCACCCAGUUCGUGGUGAUGUGUGGACAGACCACCCUGGUGCUGAUCUUCAUGUUGGUGGUAUUCGGGGUCACCAACAACGGUGACCUCUUCUGGGUGAUUGUGCUGACCCUGCUGCAGGGCAUGUGUGGAAUGUGCUUCGGCUUCCUCAUCUCCUCGGUGUGCGAGCUGGAGAGGAAUGCCAUCCAGCUGGCGCUGGGCUCCUUCUAUCCCACCCUGCUGCUGUCUGGAGUGAUCUGGCCCAUUGAGGGCAUGCCCGUGGUGCUGAGAUACAUAUCACUGUGCCUGCCUCUGACGCUGGCCACCUCCUCGCUGCGCUCCAUCCUCACACGUGGCUGGGCGAUACUGGAGUCGGAUGUGUACAUCGGCUAUGUGAGCACGUUGUCCUGGAUCGUGGGCUUCCUGGUGCUGACGCUCCUCGUGCUGCGGGCCAAACGCGGCUAGGACCUCCAGAUAUUACGCUAUUUUUAGAUGCCUACUUUAGAUCACGAUUAGUCGUCCUUGUCGUCCUAGUUAGUUUACCCCCUACUCCGGCUCUACUUCUUAUCGCUUCCAAGUUUCACCGCGUUUCCCAAUCUCUUGUAUCUGCCCAAAUGUCAUAAAUUAUUUAAGCACAUUCGCAGCUUUCCUUAGCUUUCUACUCGGCACUCGUUUUUCCCUAGGCUAAGUUUUGCACAUUUCGUAGUUUAAAGCGUAAGGUUUAGGUACACCUAAAUGAAUUGUUGUAAAUAUUUUGUGUCACGAAUUCAGUAAUCCGUUGCUAGAUGUCCAUUACUUGCAACCCUCUGUACUAGACCUUUUCUCGAUUUAUGCACACACACAACAACUAAUUUUAUAAUUUUUUCAAUGGACUGUGAUUGUUUUUUCUACAUAAUUCACGCGAAUACACGUAGGGCAAGCCUAAAAAAAAAACAAAAAAGAAAACACAAUGAAUAGCGAACAAAAACAAUGGUGGGUUUUGUUAAUAACAUUAAGUAGCUUAAAGCAUUUUUGUAUGGGUUUAAGUUUUUUAAGGUAAAACAUAAUUAAAUACAAUAAUGUACACUACCCUAAA